GUGCGGGUUGACAAGAUGGCAAAUUUUAAGGGUCACGCACUUCCAGGCAGCUUCUUCCUGCUCUUUGGGCUCUGGUGGUCUGUGAAAUACCCACUGCAGUAUCUCAGCCAGAAAAUAAGYAAGAAAUCCCACAGGACUCAUUUUUUCCAGCGUGUGGAUGCCAUUGAAGGGGGAAUCAAAAUCGUCUUUUCUCUGAUAGGGAUGCUGGCGGAGCAGUUUGUCCCCGAUGGUCCCCAUUUGUACCUGUACAGCGGGGAGAAGCGUGACUGGGUGAAGCUGAUGAACUGGCAGCACACCACCAUGUACCUGUUCUAUGGCCUCUCUGGGGUGGUGGAUGUCCUCACCUACAUCUCCCAGCUGGUGCCACGGGGUCUGGACCGCCUCAUGUUGGCCGUGGCYGUUUUCGUUGAAGGUUGUCUCUUCUAUUACCACGUCCUUCACCGGCCCAUGUUGGAUCAGCACAUCCACUCCCUGCUGCUCAUCAGCAUCUUUGCGGGGGCUGGCAGCAUCCUGCUGGAGGUUUUCCUGCGUGACAACAUUGUCCUGGAAAUGUUCCGAGCCAGCGUCACCAUCGUCCAGGGAACGUGGUUCUGGCAGGUCAGUUCUGCCCUUCCAGAGCAACUUGGGGAGUUUUCUAAUAGUGAUUUUCUGCUCCUGUGUUUUAGCUGUCUGCAGAGGUUCGGGAGAGGCAGUGGAGAGCCCUACAUCAGCCUGGGGAUCCGGCAGCAGAAGGGUGACAGCAAAUCCCAAGCUGCCUUCYUGAACAGCUCCGAUGAAGAAUGAAGAGGGUGUGCAAACUCCUGCUCCAAAUACAGAGUUUUUUUCCCAGAAGAAAGAAAUCUAAUGAAAUAUUUACRUUUUGGAAAAGUGAGAGGUGCCCCUGUGGGGCUGCUGGGAGGAAGGUUGAGCAUGCAGGGGUGGCUGCCCUCCAUCCACACCCAAAUAUCUCUGGCUCGGGCACAGGCACAGCUUGGAGUGAUUUUUAGCAGCAAAACAAAGAAUGUAAAYUCAACACGACAAGAUUGUUCAGCCCCUGUGUGUUUCCAUGGAGGGCAUCCUUUGUCCAGCUGACUUUUCCAAGAGCUUGAGGCUUUGACCUUCUAUGUUGAGUCAGGGAAAACUCCAGGCUAAGGUCGUGCUCCUCUGGAGCAAGGCAUCACCCCAAGAAGGACAAGUAAGGGAGUGUUGAACAUGAGAUUAUGACAAUUUUUGCAACACCAGGGCUUGAUUGCACACAUUACAAAUGUUAUUACUGAAGCUUUGAACUGAAGAGGGGUUUUGUUAAUCGUUUUCAUGUUCACUUAAAGACUAAGAGAGUGAAUAAAUGUGAAAYAGAAAUCCUCA